UUUCUACUCUCGUUCGGCCUCCUCUUCUUCUUCUUCUUCUUCUUAAGUCUUCUCCAGUUCCACGUCUCCAUCUGUCUGGUUCCUUCGGCCCUCGUCGACGGAACUCGCCAUCUCCGGGGGUUUCAAUCAUCUCUCGAUAUAUCCACGGUUUUCCUCUUUGAUCUCGAAGGAACUUAAGCCAUGGGAAAGAGGAAGUCCAGGGCGAAGCCACCUCCUAGGAAGCGAAUGGACAAGCUAGAUACGGUCUUUAGCUGUCCAUUCUGCAACCAUGGCACAAGUGUUGAAUGUCGCAUUGAUAUGAAGAACCUUAUUGGUGAAGCUGUAUGCGGGAUCUGCCAGGAAAGCUUCAGCACUACCAUCACAGCUUUAACUGAGCCAAUAGACAUAUACAGUGAGUGGAUUGAUGAAUGUGAACGGGUUAACAACGUGGAAGAGGAAGCUGCUUAGGAUGGAAACAAGCUGCAUGCAGAAGCUACUCUGUUGAAUAGAUAAGCACGGAUGCAUGAACUUCUAAAGCAUGUGAUUACUGGUCACACGCCGUUUCCAGUUUUUAAGCGCUUGAGUGUUGCCGGCGUCGGCACGGUGGCGACCUAGAGAAUAAUUUGUAAGGUGAGGUGAGGGAAUCACCUAGUGUGUGCAUGUUGGCUUGUUGUAGUUUAUGAAAAUCAUAUAGCAAUACACUACUGUGCUGUAGCCAUGAAUGUGGUACUCCUUGGGUUGUAUAUGCCAUGGCUGGUGUUUU